GGCGGGUUCAAUGUCGGAAAGUAUCUGCGUCUUCCUGACUUCGCUCUGUUUAGAAUAAACCUCAACCAUUACCCAUGAGGCACUCAUGAAGCUUGCGUGACUGCCAGUACACAGGAGGGUGACGUGGAGUGAUUGGCAUUUGUGAACGAAUGUAAUGAAGCCCAUUUUGUCAACUGAACACACCGUGCAAAUGAAGAACAAGUGUAUUGAUGAGUGCGGAAGUCUUGAUGUGUUGGGCGGUCCAUAUGUUUAUAUGGCACGUCAUUAGCAAAAAUGGCUGAAAAGCAGGACCCGACCCUGGAGGAUGCAUUCCAGAUACUAUCCAAGGCACCGAAAGAGAGACUUUUGAGUCUGUCCUUCAGGGAUGUGCAGUCUUGUGCCGACAAACUUAUCCAUUCCAUGAUUCUUAUGAAACUCGGCCGAACUGUGGAAGCUCGGGUUGAACUCGAGAAACUUGAUAACCAGACGGCCAGGUAUAUUACCAAAAGACUGGUCUGCGAAAGCCCGCCGAUUGCCGAAGAUGCCAGAAUAGCGUCGUCUCAACGUGACCCGGACUUCCUAGUGGAUGUGGCCCGGAUCUUUAAGGUUCUGGUUGCUGAAAACCUGUGUGAGGCCUGCUUGCGGGAUGACGCUUAUGUGGCCGCUGUGAAAGCGUAUGAACGCAGGCCUGGGAAGAGUCUGUCAAGUGUGGAGGAGCUGAUCAUGGAGAGCAGAAGAGAGUGUGGACCACAUUUGAAUUUUUUGGGGAUAGGGGAGAGUGAAGGAGGGUUAACCUCCCAAAUAAACAGUCUUUCCCCAUCUCCAAGUCCAGCCCUGCUUUGUCCUUGGAGAUCCUGCGAUAAUAGCUCUUUUUCUGGUAUUAGUCAUCUGGAAAUCAGCCAGUCUCCCACGGUGUGCUUUGCAUCCAAAAGAUCUGGGAAUGAGAAUUUCAAUUCCGGUGUCUCCUCUAAGAGUGAAGUAACAAAUGCUGCUGGUUCUCCUUCAAACUGUAUGUCUAACAGCCAUGGUGAGUCACUGAUAUGCAGCACUCGGUUAUCGGGUCUGUCCUCGCAGACAUUUCAGUCUCAGAAGGUGGCAUCUCACUCUGUUGCUGUCCCUUCCGGAGUGGUUCUUCAAAGCAGGAACAGCCCCCCUGUUGAUUCAAAGUACGUGAUUGCUAAAGGAAACAGUCAGCCGUGGAUGAAAAACGGCAUCCCUGUGCAUCGCCCGCCUGUGCCAACCCCAUCUGAAAGCGACGAAAGCUUAGGUGCCCUCAAAAACGGCAAAGAGUCAGCCACCAAAAGCGCACCUGAAGCCAUUUUGACCCCAGGACCUCCAGACCUGCCAUCUGAUGCCCAAGGAGACGAAGUCCUGGAUGCAGAGUUUUUUUCCUUUGUUUUACUGCACGCCCCAGAGGAUGCUGAACAGGCAGAGGAAGUUCAGGAGACCCUGGAGCGACUGGGAGCAGGAAAGGGGGCCACUUUCAGCCAGGACUUUGAACAGCCGGGGAAGUGCCGUUUGAGUUGCCUUCAGGAUGCCAUCAACAACUCGGCCUUCACCGUCAUCCUCCUAACAAGAAAUUUUAACUCGCGCUGGGCCGCCUACAAGACCAACUCGGUGCUGACAGAGUCCAUUGAGAACCGCCACAAGUACAACACUGUUAUCCCCUUCAUGCCCAAAAAAAGAUGCGCCUCUCGUGAUGACAUCCCUUACGCGCUUCGCUGCAUAAAUGCGCUUGAUGAGAAGAAACCAGGGUUUGAGAAGAAGGUGAAGAAGACGUUUGAUAAGAAUACAAUCGAAAAGCAAAGGAGCCUCUGGCUACAAGAGCAAAGAAUUUCUCAAAAAAAUCAGAAAGAAGCUUUGAUGAAAGACUCGAACCGAAACUUGCAGAGCUUGUGUGAAGCCGACCUCCGCCUUGCUGCUGAGACAAAGCGGACGCACGAUCUAUUAAAUUCUUGGCAACAACAAAUGUAUCUUCAGUUCCAGCGGCCCCCUUUUCCUCCCUCGGCGCACUGUCCACUACCCCCUGGUAUGCUGAACCCUUUUCUCAAUAAUGGCCAACCUUAUUUCAUCUCACCAGCCCCCUGUUUCACUGACCCAGCAGCUACACACACCCCAGGGGACAAUCCAGAACUCGGGAGGCUGCACCCAUCCUGCCAGCCGCCGAAUAUCAUCCAGAUUCACCAUGCCCAGAACAUUCAGAUCGGGGAUCAUGCUCGGAUGAGCGUCAGUGUGGCUACUGAGAACUUGGAAGACGAUGAAAACGAGGAAGAAGUAGAGGACACUUGAACGGUCUGAAGACAUGGAGACCUUUUAUUGAAACGACUGUUGUUAAUUUUCCGUUAACGGGUUGGUGGGAGCGGUGAUGUGGUUUAUAGGGUCGUUAGCGUUGUGUAUACAGAGUACGGUGAAAUUCUUACUUGCAUGUGUUAAUUAACAUGCAGUACGUUGGCACCUUGAUUAUAGGAUCCAUAUUGUCCUGGAGCGACAUUCUUAGUUGCAUGUGCUAAUCCAGUAUUUGCCAACCACGAGGUUGAGGGUGGGUUGUGAGUUUAUAUUGGUAGUGGGUCGCGCAUUGGUGUUGUGCUUGAACCUUUCCUGCCCACCCUGCUUUGAUGGUGGUGCUUGACCUUCCAAGGACUGAGCUCGACCCAGCUUCCGAUGCUGCCAAUGAUUGGGCUCGAUUCACCCAGGGGACACAGGUGCGUCUUGUAGAUGCUUGUAUGGGAAAACAGGAACGUGGGUCAUGACCCCAAAAACCAUUACGAAAUACCGUACCAGUCCGUGCUCUCCAACACCAUGAUUAGUGAAUACAGUGCCCUGCAAAAGUGUUUGUCCUGUUUUGUCUCAGUACAAUCUGGAAUUCAAAUGGAUUUUUGGGGGUUCGCACCAUUUUUGAUUGGCACAACAUGCCUACCAGUUUGAAGGGGCAAAGUAUUUUUGAUUGUUACACAAAUAAGACAAAAAAAAUCAGAACUCUGGAGUGUGCAUAAGUAUUCACCCCCUAAAGUCAAUACUUUGUAGUGCCCAGCCCCCCAGCUGCCAGUCUCUCUUGUUGAAUGUCUCUAUUAGCUUAGCACACCUGGGAGUUUCGCCCACUCCUCAAGGCCUAACUGCUUCAAGUUUUGAUGGGUCGCAUUUGAUGCGAUCGCCUCUCCAUUGGAUUGAGGUCUGGGCUUUGAAGAGGCCUUUACAAAACAUUUCAGUGUUUCCCUUUAAGCCACUCCAGUGUCGCUUUAGCAGUCUGUAGAGCAGGGGUGUCAAACUCCGGUCCUGGGGGGGGGCCGCGGUGGCUGCAGGUUUUCAUUCUAAUCAUCUUCUUCAUUAGUGACCAGUUUUUGCUGCUAAUUGUCUUCUUUUGUUUUAGUUUAACGUGACUCAGACCCCUUUGGCUGCUACUUAAGGAAAUAGAUGACUAAACAAUACUGAGACACAAAACGAGCCGCACACAUGACCAGUUCACCUGUGCCCAUCACACAAUAUCUGAAAGUAACAAAAGGUGAAGGUCUCAGUAAGGUUGAUCUCUCGGGUCACCAAAACAUUGUGAUGGUGUUCUUAGAAAAAGCAGAAAAAUCAACAGUUUUGGAAAUGUCUGCUGUGGCAGAAUGAAAGCAGAAACAAGCCACGGAAUUAAAUAACGGGUUUAAUUAACAAGAAUGGGCUUCUCAUUAAGAGAUUGGUUGGAAUGAAUUGGUCUGGAGUUUGAAAUCCCAGUUUAGCUGGUCAUGUGUUGGCUCGUUUCACAUCUCAUUUCUGUUUGGCUGCCAUUUUAAGAAGAAAAUCGAUUCAGAGGACUGAAUCCUGAAAAACGGGGCUAUUAAAAUCAAAGGAAAAUGAGUUAAUUAGCAGUGAAAACUGAUCACUGGUUAUGAAAAGGAUUAGAAUGAAAACCUGCAGCCACUGUGGCCCUCCAAGCCCGGAGUUCAACACCCCUGCUGUAAAGGGUCAUUCAUUGUCCUGUUGGAAGGUGCAACUUUGUCUCCAUCUCAAAUCUCCGGCAAACUCAAACCGGUUUUCUUGAAAAAUUACCCCGCGUUUAGUGCCAUCCAUCUUUCUGUUGGUCCUGACCAGUUUUCCUGUCCCCACAGUGUAAUGCUGCCACCACCCUGCUUCAUGGUGUUCUCAGGAUGGUGGGACGUGUUGGGUUUGUGCCAUACUUGAUGUUUCUCAUGAUGGCCAAAAAGUUCAAUCUGACCAGAGAACCUUCUUCCAGGUGUUUGUGGAGUCUGCCACAUGCUGUUGGGCAAACUCCAAAUAUUUUUUUUUUUUUUAUUUAAGCAAUGGCUUUUUUCUCUGGCAGCUCUUCCAUAAAGCCCUGCUCUGUGGAGUGUGUGCCCUAAAGGGGUCCUGUGGACAAAUACUCUCAUCUCCGCUGUGAAUGUUUGUCGCUCCUUCAGUGUUCUCCUUGGCGUCUCUGAUGAAUGCCCUACUUGGCCGGUCUGUGACCGGUGGUGGGUGGCCUUCUCUUGUCAGGUUUGGAGUGGUGCCAUAUUCUUUCCUUUUUGUUCUCCUGGUUUUAAUGGCAUAUUCAAAGUUUGGGGUAUUUGUUUGUAACCCAACCCUGAUCUCUACUUCUCCACAACUUUGUCUGUGACCUGUCUGAGUGCUCCUUGGUCUUUUAAUGGUGUUGCAGAGUUAGCGGCCUUUCAGAGCAGGACAUCAUGUGACAGAUCAGGUGGACCCUCAUCAACUAAUCAUGUGACUUCCGAAGGGAAUUGGUUGGCCCAGAGCUUAGUGAGGGGUUUCAUAGCAAAGGGGGGUGAAUACUUGUGUGCGCUCACAACUUUUCAUAUUUAUAUUUAUACAAGGUAUUUUAUUUUCAAUCCAUUUCAACAUUUUGGACUGUAUUGUUAAGUCCAUUACAUAAAAUCCAAAUGAAAA